GAAAGUGGUUGCGAUUUUGAAUGUCGAGAAAAGUCUGAAAGAACGAUGGCUGAGAUGAAAGAUGAUAAUGAUGAGCUGGCAAUGCUUGAAAAAGACAUCAAGGAAUUUUGGGCCAAGUUCAAAACUAUUUGUUGCCUUGAGCCUAUUGAUCAGGUGUUGGGGCUAAGAGACUCGUUCUAUGAAUCCAUAAACAAUCUUUCAGAUAAAUGGUCUAAAAGACUGAAAGAAGGGGAUGAAAUUAUCAACAAAUUUCAUGAGUAUAGCAAUGAAGUCUGUGAGUUGAACAAAUCAAUUGAAGAAAAGCAAGCUAAAAUCUCAGAAGUUCUUUCUAAUAUUACGGAUGAGGAAAAGGAGAAGACAGACUUGAUGAACAGCAUUCAAGAGUUAAAGGAAGAAUUAAUCCGAAACAGUAAAUCAAAGCAUAAAACAGAAGAAACGGAGGAAAGACUUCAGAAAGCUGAAAAAUUAUUCAAAGAGAGGCUUGGAUUAGAAAUACGAAAAACAUGUGAUAAGCAUUUGCAAUUUGUAUUCCGCUGCAUUGAUCACAAAGAUUUCCAAAAGCCAUACAUACUUACUCUUUCCAUAAAUGAAGAGGGAGCUUACGAAGUGGUCUCUUGUUCUCCUCCCUUGGACUGCACAGAAGAACUACAGCGGAAAGUGAGAGAAACCAACAAUUUCUCUGCAUUUAUUGCCAAUGUUAGAAAAGCCUUCAUUGCUUUGACCUACCAAUAAAGCACUGCUUAUUCUCUAAAUCUGCCCUUCAUAUUUUGUCACUUCAUACUUGGGAAGAAUAAAAGUCUUGUAACAUCUUGAAGGUCUUGGACAAUGAUUGUGAAAACAUAGGUCCAGAUCUUCAUUCUUAUUUUGAGUUUUUAAUGCAACCUGGGUUGUGAGAAUAAAAUAGGUGUGGGUGGAAAGCUAGCUGUGCUGGACAUAACUCUUGGAAGGAUUCAAAUGUAACAUAUCUAACUAAUAACCUAAUAGAAUUAGGAAAUAGUAACCAAUCAUCUGUUGAAUGAUUGUCCUACCUCACUAGGCAACAAAAUAAUAAUCCGAGGAUCCCCUCAAGGGGG